AUGGGUUCCAAGAGUAUGAUUGCAUGGGUUAGCUUUCUCCUUUUUAUGUUUUCCAUGGUUAGGUCGGAGACCCUUAGUCUUGCACCAGAGACACCACCAUCACCACCAUCACCGCCACGAGAGUGUCCAGAGCUGGGUUUGUGCGUUGACGUUUUGCGUUUGGGUGAGAGAGGGAGCCCUGAAAACGGGUGCUGCACCCUCGUUGGUGAUCUUCUGCAGGCUAAUGCCACUCUCUGCGUUUGCGACAUAGCCAGAACCCAACUCAUAGGAAUUCCCGUUGAUCUUGACAUUAAGAUCAAGCUAAUUUUGGACGUAUGUAAACACAAUCAGACCUUCAUUUGCAAUUAA